GUCAUAGACAUAAAACGUCUAAACAACAUGAUGAGCGACCAUGGCAUAUACUCAAGAGAAAGAUUGCUAAUCCCCAUUGGCAAUCCCAAUAUACUUAUAAACAGUAUAUGCUACAUCGAGAUGGACGCUAUCGCGAAACGGGAAGUUGCGACGUUGUAUUUGGAUGGCAUCCCCACGACCCAUCAUUUAUAUGGUAAGGAGACAGAUGAUCAUGGUAUGUCCUCUGUUCAAGUGAAGAAACGAGUACUCCAUUCAUUGAGUCGGAGCAUGAUGGUCGACGAUGAAACCGCUCAAUAUUACUUAUCCAUUUCCGAUGGCGAUCCUCGAGCUGCUCUCACAGAAUUCGCCGAAGACAUCAGGUGGGAGAGGCAUAUGGGCAUGGCCUAG